AUGCAGAGAUCUCACUUUAUUUAAAGUAUUAUUCCUAGUUAUAAACUGAGGAAGCUCCAUUUCACUUGUUACAACCAAUGACGUCGCAGAUGCGGCAGAUUUAAACGUAUUUACAAACUUUGGGGAGAGCAGAUGUCUCAUUCUCCAGGCGAUAAAGUGUUCGCUAAAAUAAAAGGAUUUUCCAACUGGCCUGCAAGGAUCAAUCCUUUGCCUCCUGAUGUUCAGAUACCUAAAGGAAAGUUGCCAAUAUUCUUCUACGGAACAUAUCAGGUAUCGUUUGUCCCUGUUAAGAACAUCGUUCCUUAUGAGAAAUUCAAGGAAAAAUGGGGGAAGCCCAAGUCGAACCCACAAUUCAUGGCAGCUCUAGAAGAAAUUGAAACCAACCCAGGCAUUUAUAUGCUAGGAGAGGAUCCUAGAGCCGAAAAGUUCCUGCUCCAGUUCUACGAAUUUAAGUCGAGUUCCCAAAAUAUCAGUUUGACUGACAAUUACAAGAGUAAUCUUCAUCAUGAGUUUACAAAGAGCGAAUCUUUGGACUCUGAUCAUGGUUCUGCUGAUACCAUUUGUUCGGCGGAAUCUGAAAGUCAUGAAGCAACAGCUGAUUUAGGAGGCGUAUCCACAAAUCAAGGCGAUGAGUGCAGUCGCAAGUACAAGCGUCACUGUUCUAGGAAAUCGCAAGUUGAUGAAGUACAGCAUUCAACUAACAGUAAUAAUCAACCUAGUAAUGGUCAAACAAACCAUCUAAGUGAUACUUCAAGUGAUAUUAGUUCAGAUCAUUCAAGAGGUAGUAGCUUAGAUCCACAUCCGAUAGAAAGUAAUGAUGAUGAAGGAAUGAAUAAGGAUACAACACAUCAACUUUUACUCUCUGAUGACUAUUUUCAGAAAGAAGAUACAGGCUCAACGAAACAUCGUCGCCAUUCAUCAACUGAUCACUCAUCAGAAGAGAAAGAUUCACACCAUAAGGAUAGAGAAGCUCGUAGACUUGCACGUAAAAUGCAAAAGAAAGCUGAGAAGAAAGCUUUAAAAAAAGCGGCUAAACGAGAGGCGAAAAGAUUAGCAAAAGAAAAACGUGCAGAACGACGUGCUCGUAAAGAAGCUAAGCGUGAAUUAAAACGACUGCAUAAAUUAGAAAAACAACGUUUAGCAGAACAGGAUUGUGCAUCCCUUGAUGAUGAUGAACAAGAAUCGAUUACAAAAAGUUCUGACCCUUGUCAAGAAAAUGCUAGUAAUCAUGAAUGGGGGAAUAUUAGCGAACAAGUCACUUCGAAGGAUAUGGCUGAUCAUUGGUCUCCUGCUCCACUUUCAGAACCUAUUCAAACUGAUGAUGAUUCUUUGGACUUAGCUUCCACUCAACCUAUUCCCAUCCUGUCCGAAGACAGGCAUCGGAGUCCACUCACAGGUCUCGAGCAGUCUGAAGAUAUUGAUUUUCCUGAUCCUGUUUUCCCGACUUAUCAAAAUAACUCUCCUGUUAUGGAAGAGCUUUCAUCUAAGGAUGUCAAUUCUCAAUCACCAACAAAGAAGUAUGCCAAUUGCGAUUCUUUUUCAAGUUGUAAACGACGUGAACUGUCUGAAGAAUGUGAUGAAGAAAAGGAUGAUGAUUCUCAGUCAGAUAGUGUAUUAAAGCAACAAUCAAAUGAUGUUCCACUUCAUAAAAGGCCCAGAACGGAAAUUAAUGAUACUGACACAGCUGAAACCUGUUGCAAAUCAAUUGACCACACAGCAGUCAAUAACGAUGAGUCGAAUGAAAGAGUUUUACAACAAGAAGAAAUCAGGAUACAUGAAUUCGAAGAAACGGAAACCAAAUCUUCUCAUGAAUCCCCUAUUAAUGAACGAAAUACUCCUGAGGCUUCACCUGAAGUGGUUGUCUCGAAAUCUACUACUAGUGCAAAACAUUUGUCAGAUCGAAAGCGUCCUAUGCGUAAAAAGUUGAUUUCUAUUUCAGAUAGUUCAGAUGAAAAUGAUACGAUUCUUCCAGAAAAAAAGUCGAUGAAAGCCAUUUCUGUGUCUUCAAGUGAUUCUGAUUCAGAGAAUGUUCGUCCAUCGAAAAGUGAAAGUAUGAAAACCACUAAACAUCUCAACAAGAAGAGUUCGUCACAAUCCAAGGAAAUUAAUUCCUCCUCAAAACAGCCUGCACUGAACGAAUCGGAUAAGCCUGUCAAAUCCAGGAAACAGAAAUCAAGUCAUCAUGCUGUGAAAGAGAAGAGAAAAGAAAAGCAACCGGAACAGAAAUCGAAUUCUGUGCGUGAAGAAAGGUCGUCUAAUGAUUCAAAUGAUAUCCGUCAAAAAGCAACACUACCUGAUCCAGUCACUCAACUGAAUCAUUGUUGUCGUGAUUUGAAAACCAGUUUAAUUAGAGGACAUGAGAAUUUUGAAUCAGCUGUACAAGUGUUAGUGAAAAUUCGUUCGAUCCCUGUUCGACUUCCACAGUUGGCUGAAGCAUGGAAUCUUAUGGACUGUAUUAAAAAGUGUCGGCGGUAUAAACUUUCAUCCGAAGUUCGUGAAGCUGCCCAGUCAACCUUUCAGCACUUUCUGUCUUUACAAGCUAAUGCUACGAAAGAAGAGCUAUCCCAAGCACAGGCGCUGAUUACAGCCCAUCAAAACCGGGUUCAUUCAGUUCAAGAUCCCACGGUGGUGGGUAGUAAAUCGAAAACGAAUGCUCAACCUACCCAGUCACAGAAUGAUCAGUCAGUUCAUAGUAAUGAAAACUCAGGAACUUUGUCAAAUUCAACUGCACCUUCUACCACAGCUGAUGUGGAAGUGGUGCAAGAACCUGAGAGUUUAACAGCUGAUUUAGAAGCUAAGGUAGACGAUGUGUUAUCCCGAAUUCGUGCUGCUGAAGAACGUAUGGCUGCAGCUGCCUCAAUGACAUCCACACGACCGGAUACAUCCUACAAAUCAUUAUCCAGUCAUACAACAAAUCAGUCUAUAAGAUCCUCAGGUGGUCGGAUAAUUAGAGCUUCAGCUGUGGCGGCUGCUACUGCCCAUAUGCAUGAUGAAGAGGACGAAGAAACUGUUAUGUCAAGAGUUGAACAGGUGGCUGCUUACGAAGCAGCAGCUACCGAAGAACAUUCAAAUUCUAGUAAAAUCAGAUCACCGCCACCACCUCCACCCCUUCCUUUCUAUUCUGCUAAUCCCUCAGACCAGUUUAAAACUAACACUUCUCCAAAUGUUGACUUAGACCUUGAUUCCCGGAUAGAAAUGUUAAUGUCAGCGAAUAACCCACAACAUCACAAGUCAUCGAAAGUAUCGGAUUCUAAAACUGCUGUGGUUAAAUCUGACGCUGCUGUUACUUCGUCACCAAAAGCAAAUAAUGUUGUCCCGUCGUCUCAGUCGUCCAGUCUGUUGCCAGCACUUUUAGCUAAGCGUAAACUGAUAGCUGAUAAACUAGCUGCAACAAAAGCAGCUGGAUCACCAAUUAAACAGUGUCAUCCGGUCACUUCACCUCUUCCAUCACCACCACCAUCAAGUAGCGAGUCGUCUACUGCGGAUAAAGGCUCUUCUUUGCAGUCAGUAACUCCUUCAUCAAAGCUAUUUUGUUCAAAAAUACCAUCAAAAGACGAUGAAUUGUAUGAUUUAUUAGGUGUUUAAGGAGUGUAUAUAUGUGCAUUUUUGGGGAAGUACUACUGUCUCGUUAACAUCUCUUCAUUGACUAUCCAAUGCCGUCUUGAUUUGAUUUCUCAAGUUGACUGGCUAAAAUGUGUACAUUAAUUGGAUCCUGAAAAUUUCCCUAUGUAUUUCAUCAUCAGAGUGAAAAGCAUAAUCAUGGUCUUAUCGUCAAAUGGGAUGGAUGAAAGGAAGUUCCAGUGAUAAACUAUAAUUUAAAAAUGUAAACAUUUAUUUAUAAAAGUUAACUUAUUUACACUUAUUGUAAUAUGUAUACGAAUUCCUAUGCAUCGUGCGAGAGUGUAUAUUUUCAAUCCCUCCUUUUAUGUGCACAGUAGAUUAACACAAAUUUUCUUCGUGGCUCUUAAUGCCUCUGCCGUUAGGAUCAGAUACGUGUAUAUGUAUGUAUGUUAUUAUUAUUACUACCUUUAGCGUUAAUACUAUUAUUAUUAUUAUUAUUAUUAUUAUUCACUCUCAUAUUAAACCAUCCGUUUUAUACAGGUGCUCGUAUUCCAUAUUUAAUACUUGUGCGCUACACUAAACGUGUAUAUGUGUGAAGCAGCAUUGUUGAAUUCGCCAUCUUUCUUUUUUAUCAAACGAAAAAUCUAUUUUUUUACUACCUAUGUGUAUAUUAAUGACAUUGUUGCUUUUAGGUAGUGUACUGCACUGUACUGUGUUUUUGCCACCCUGCUCUGUCCUCUAUGGUUUUACUCCUUUUUAUCUCCUUAUCUCUCAUCUACUCUUCCUGUUAUAUACACAGGCACUAUUCAUAUCUACAUAUUUAGCUCAUGCUGAAAGGUUUGUAACUUGUAGUAAUUAUUUGUUUUUUUUUAAAUUAUCUUAUCGACACCUAUGCUCUCUCCCUCUCUCUCUUUCAAUAGUUUUUUAAAUUACAUGACUAAAAUUACUAUAUCAGAAACCACAAAAAUAUGUAACUAACUAACUAACUACCUUGGUACUUUAUUGUAUUAUGUAAAGCAUACACGCAGCAGCAUAAUGGAGAUAAUAUUUUUCGAUAAAAAGUACUUCAGGCAAGCGUACCUAAUUCAUCUAGUUUAUUUACUUACGGGCUUAUAAUAUGAUAUCUUUUUUCUAUCAGCAUUUUAUUAUUUUAACGGGCUAACAGACUGAAUGAAUGAGUGUAGGGAGCCAGGGAUAUCAGUUUACCUUUUGCAGGUUAGUAUGACAUGUGUGUGUGUAUUCAAAAAUUUUGUCAAUAUAUAUUUCAAAGUUUUACAUCAACUAUUUAAGAGAAGUGUGUAGUCUUACAUAUGCACGCAUGGUAAGUUGAAUCUUCGGGUUAACUGUGUAUUUAUUAUUAUUAUUCCCGUGGGUUCUGAGUGAAACACAAUGCUUCAACAGCACAUCUCCAUUACAUCCUGUCCUCUCCAGUUGUCUUUAGCUGACUCCACGAUUGUUCACAAGUCUUCAUCUCCUUCCUGUCACUCUCGGACGCCUAGCUUGUCGUUUCUCAUUAGGUCGCCAUUUUAGGACUUGACUAGUGCGUACUGUCACCUAACGGUCUCCUCAGCGUGUAUCCAAUUCAUCUCCGUUUUUCGGCAUAUAUACUGUGCUGCAGGUUGCUUGGUUUGUCCGCAGAUUCCUCUGUUGCUUAUCCUGUCUGGCUGGCAAUCUGAUUUUCAGUAUGGAGCAAAGACAGCUGUUGAUAAAAGUCAGCAGGAGUCCGUUGGAAUGCUUUGUUGAUGUGCCAAGUCUGUGAAUCACACAGUGACCAUCUGGAAAUUAGUGUUGAAAAUUCACAUAACAUUCUUGAUGCUAAGUGCAGUAGGUUUCCACACUGUUUUCAGAAUAAUUUUUUUCUUUUUUUGUUUUCCGAUCCUGACUGGCUUUGCCGUCCUACUCCGUACCAAUAGUAGUUAAGACGGUGCUACCGAAAUGAAUGAAUGAAAAAUUCGAAAUCGUUCAAAUUUCUUCCUUUGAUAGUGAUUUGUGCUUGUUGUUAACUUUGUACUCUCAAAAGAAUCAGAUGAGGUUUUUCUAUCUCAUAUUGUAAUCAUAUUCAAGAAUCAUAUUUAUAUGAAUGUAACUUUGCAGUAAAAUCUGUAAAAUACUUUAAUGUUUGAAGUUAUAAAACGUGGGUUCGAUUGUCAGAUUAGAACAUUAUAAGUUGAUGUGGACGAUAUUAAUACAUACAAGACUGAAUGAGACACGAAUCUCAUCACAAAGUAUUAUCGGAAAUACAAAAUAAUGAAAUCCAAAGUGUCUGCAGUGUAUGUUAACAUCCCACUAAACACUAAUCAGUACGAACGAGUAAAAGUAUGAGUUAUAUCAAUAAAUAGUGUAUUCGUUUUGUCUGAUGUUUUAUUUUCGCCAGAGUUAGGAAGUAUUUGGUUGAAGCAAAAAUUUCAAGUAUUAGUUUGCAGGAGUUUGAUUGAUUUUAAAGGCUGAUCAUGGAUUGAUAUCAGUUAGAAAAACACUGAAAACCAGUGCACACUGAACAGUUCUUUCAGAUUAGUUCAGGUCCCUUCAAAAGUGUGCAUUUAUGACCCAGUCACCGUAGAUCAAAUCCAAGUCUUUCGGGUCAAUAGGUGGGCUUGUUGACCAUUCUGCUGCUCAUCAUUUUAUGACUACAGGACAAAGUUGCCUGAAGAUCUCGUGAGAAGUGGCGAGUAGUGAACUCCACCACGUACGGUAUGAGGACAAAUACUCAGGUGACGGUGGAGCUAGAAAUCAGGAAUUGAUAAAAGUUGAAAUUGAUGGGCCAUUGAAUCCCGCCCCAGUGACUGACUGGUCAACAAAUUCGUCCCGUAACUUGAAGUUCCAGGCUUUGGACUCCGGUGCGUUUCCGUGGCUUUGCUGAUGAAGAGCGUCGGACCGGAACGAAACAACUGUCCAGUGCUUCGUGGUUUCCUCUAAUAGAUAUCAAUCUAUGACCAGACUUGAAACUAAGUAGAAAUUGGUAGUCUGAUUUAACCACUUUCCAGUAAGCUUUAUACUAUAGUAAUUGCAUACUUUGCCUCACCAGAUUAUUUGUUCUUAUGUCAUUAUAAAGAAAUAUAAAGUACCAAACCUGACUGAAUAUUUUGAAAAUGUGUCAGUUAACCCCACACUACCUCAGACAACGAAGAACAAUCAGUAUCUUUUGCUUAGUUGGACAGUUAAAAUUUUUCAUUUAAAUUUUAAAUUCUUAGUUGGCAUGCAUGUGUCAAGACUAAGGAAACUAGUUGCGAUAGAACUAUCUGUAAUAGAAUUAAAACUGAAAAAUACUCGUACAAAAAUUACUUUUUGUUUAGUUAUAUGAAUAUAUCUCAAUCGUAGAGUCUGUUUUUCAUGCUACACUCCUUUUUUCUUGUGUAAAUGAAUACAUACUAUAUUAUUUUAAAGUAUUAACGAAUAUUUUAAGGUGUAAAAUAUACAAUUUUUUCAUGGAAUUUUGGUACUUUAUUCAGCAAACAGAUCGGUUUUGCAGGGGAUGAAUUCUAACCUAGUGUGUUCAUUUAAUUUUCAAGCCAACCUAAGGUAUUCGUAGUAUAAACAAAAUAGGGACAUACAUUUUUUAUUCUAUUAGCAGAAGUUUGUUCAUGAAAAUGGUGGUUUACGAAGACAACAAUAAAUGGAAUAAAAUGACUUGAUUACAACAACUGGCUAGAAAAAAAAGUAAUUAUUUAUUCUGAGUUUGUGUGAAUAGUUGAGAAGUUUUGCUAGUUGUGUUAACAACAAAUAAAUUAAUUGGCCAGCGAAAUACAAGAAGAAAGAUUACGCAGUAAUAUGCAAUACAGCAUUAAUGAGUGAUUCGAAACCACUUCAGUGAGUUACAACUAGUGGGUUAAAAUGAUAAUAAUAAUACUAGUAGAAAAACACAGUUGAAUACAUAAUCAUAAUAAGUAAAAUAUUUGAUACCAGGGUGAACCGAGAUUAAUUACAACCUGUUUCUGUUGGUUUUUAUCGCUUGACAGCAAUAGAGUCAAGGAAUCGAAGUCAAGUUGGCUUUCUUUACUCGUUGAUUAUCGUAAUCUCAGUAGGAUACGACCUCCAAGUGUGUUUACAAAUGCAUAUGUACGUGCUAGGGCAAGUACAUUGG